AUGGCAAAGACUCCUGAAGUAAAGACUUUUGCAGCAGACUUCGUCAUUAUCGGAGGUGGAACGGCUGGACUAGUUCUGGCUGCCCGCCUCUCAGAGGACCCCAAAACUGUUGUCAUUGUCAUUGAGAGUGGCCCUGACUGUACCGAUGACCCACUGGUACAGAACCCUGAGAACUGGCCCAAGCUUCAGAAGUCAGACGUCGACUGGAACUUUCAGGUUGAACAGCAGGUAUCUUCUACCGAGUUUCCACUCCAGCCUGAAAAUCAACACCCUGCUGGGAGAAUGCUAGGAGGGUCUUCUGCGCUCAAUGGAAUGGUUUUUCUCCCACCGUCUCCAGCUGGAAUCGAUGCCUGGGCAAAGCUUGGAAAUCCCAACUGGAAUUGGGAGUCGAUUCGCCCGUACCUCCUAAAGAGCUACUCGGUGACUGCUCCUAAGUUGAUCCCAGAAAUGGAUUUGGGUGAAUCCAAAUUAGCUACUGGCCCAAUCCAGGUUUCAUAUCCUGCUUUGGAAGACCGUGAGAACCAUCCCCUACUUGAAGCCUGGUGUAAUGCGUUGCGCCACAAGGGCUAUGAUUAUGUGGAAGAUAUUCUUUCAGAACGGAAAACUAUCGGCUCUCGUGCUUUUUCUGCAACCAUCGAUCCAGCAUCGGGGCUUCGAAGCUCUGCUAAUUCCACAUAUGGGUCAAUCAUCGCAAAUCGUCCAAAUGUGGUAGUUUACACGAAUACAACAGCUGUCCGUAUCCAUUUCGACCAUCUUUCUGCAUCUACAGUUGAGGUCAAGCAAGGGACUGACAAUAAUGGGCUUUGGAACACUAUGCAAUUCUCGGCGAGAAAGGAGAUCAUCUUGGCAGCAGGAGCUUUGCAAUCCCCGAAGCUGCUUCAGCUAUCGGGAGUGGGGUGUAAACAUCUCCUCGCCAAACAUGAUAUUCACGCAUUGGUUGAUCUCCCCGGAGUCGGAGAGAACUUGCAGAAUCAUCUCAUGAUGAUUACAUCGACACCGCUCAAAUCACACAUCGAGCCUGGGUUUAAGGCACUGGCAAUGACGCGGAUCUCUCCAGAGGAACAGAAGAAGCUGUUAUGCACUUAUCCUGUGCCAAAGACUGAAUCGGAGAAAGUUCUAAAAUCAAUCAUCGAGGACUCUAAUGAAGCUACCGCAUCAUUCUUCCUGUCUACUUCAGACAAACUUGCUCACUUUGGUCUGGUCACUAGUUAUCCCUUCACCCGCGGCACAGUUAAGCUCAACGACUCUAUUUACCCUUUCAGACCAGCAACAAUUGACUUCAAAUUCUCUCACCCCCUGGACAAGGAGAUGCUGGCAUAUCAAUUCCGCGACCUGCAAAAUCUGAUUCAUAGCGAGCAACUUCGGGAGUUUGUUCGUUGUUGUGGGGACUCCGACGACAGUGAGUGUAAGAAAGACCAACAUGGUCCUGGGUUAUUGAAAGAAUACACUUCUCAAGUCGUGAACAUGGCUCACCACGCCUGUGGUACGGCGGCUAUGCUUCCCCGUGAUGAUGGAGGUGUUGUAGAUCAGAAUUUGUUUGUCUAUGGAACACGGAAGCUGCGAGUUGUUGAUGCCAGCAUUUUUCCUAUUAUCCCGCAUGGCAAUCCCAUCGCAACGGUGUAUGCAGUUGCCGAAAGGGCGGCUGAUAUCAUCAAGGAUGCUCAUAAUAUUCCGAUCCCUGAUGCACCAACCAAUGCUCUAUCAUAA